CAAUAAAACAUGGGAAAAUUAUAAUGGAGCAAUUGAUAUUUCUCCAAACGCCAUUUUUGAACCAUCUACACUUAAUGAUCUUCAAGAUAUUGUAAAAUUAGCAAGGAAAAAUAAUAAAACUAUUAGAUGUGCUGCCCAAGGGCAUACGGUCAAUAACAAACAUGGCUGGACUGUUACCGCUGAAGCAGGCACAUUAUUAGCUGAUCUUGAUCAAGCUCUUCGAAGUCACAAACCACCAUUAACUCUUGAUUCUGAGACUGUAUUAAAUUCAUUUCAAGUAUCUGGCGUUAUAGCAGUAGGAGCACAUGGUGCAAAAACCAGUUCAGAAUGGCUUACUCCACAAACCAUUAAAAAUCUUUUAAAAUCUUUUGAUGGUAUUGAACUAUUUUAUUGGCUAUUUAAUGGAUUCAAUCAGAGUGACCUGAAUCCUCUUGAUCCUAAUAGAGAUCUAAUUUGGGUUAAAAAUUGUCUCAUACAAACUCCUGAGGCAACACCGAACAUUACCACUACAAUUUGGGAGACUUUUAUUAGUGGUGAUAAUAGUAGUCUUGUACUUGAGGCGCCUGAUGCUUUCCAUUAUAUACCUGCCGUAGAAAGUGUCAAAUUUGAUCUAUUUGAAUUUGGAUUUAAGGUUGAUCCAGAUUUUUCCAAUCUCGUUGCCGAAUUUUUAUUUGCAAUUCAAACAUUAUAUGAAUUCGCAGCAAACGGAGAAUUUCCAGUAAAUUAUAUUGUAGAUUUUAGAAUUAUAAAAUCAACCAAGGCCUUACUAUCUACUACUUACGAUGAUGAUUCAGAAGCAUUGUAUUGUCAAGUGGGCUUUGAAACAGCCUAUAAAACUCCUAGCUAG